AAGCACAAACACUGCCCCCUAGUAGUAAAACACACCCAGCACACAUUAACCACUAGCCUACUGGGCACUUAUACCCUCUUCCUGCCCAGGCCAAUUUCCAGCUUUCAGCGCUGUCACACUUUGAAUGACAGUUGUGCGGUCAUGCAACACUGUACCAAUAUGAAAAUUUAAUCAUUUUUUUGUAACAGAUAGAGCUUUAUUUUGGUGGUAUUUAAUCACCUCAGGGUUUUUUAUUUUAUAACAAACCAAAAACCACUGCAAAAUUUUGAAAAAAAAAGUUUUUUCUUAGUUUUUGUUAUAAAAUUUUGUAAAUAA